UGGCAACAUGCUGCUCCUGCCAUCCCUGAUCUUGUUGGUCUCUGGAGCCCUCCGCGGGGUUUCCCUUGAAGACUCCAUCCCCACCUACAACCACAAGGACCCCGUCUCUGGGGAGGUCCUGGAGUGCUCCAUGUGUGCCCCUGGACAGCACCUGGUGAGUCACUGCACCGCCAACGCACCCACCCGCUGUGCUCCUUGCCCGAAGAACCACUACACAGAGAUCAGCAACUACCGGCCCACGUGUCUCUACUGCAACAACUACUGCACCACCAACAUGGAGGUACAGGAGGAGUGCUCCCCCGUGAAGAACCGCGUGUGUCGCUGCAAAGACGGCUUCUACAUGAUGGCCGACUUCUGCAUCAUGCACUCCAAGUGUAGGCCUGGACACGGCGUCCUGAAGAGAGGAACGCCACACAGCAACACUGAGUGUGAAAAAUGUUCCGAAGGUUUCUUCUCCAGCUCGACCUCCGCAACCGAGGCGUGCGUGACACACACAGUGUGCGCCGGUCAUGAGACAGCGCUUCUGGCGGGAUCGGCCCACACAGACGCGUUGUGCGGCACCUGCCAGGAUCUGGCGGAAGGGGGGGAGCUCUUCAGGAAGUUCCUCUCGCAGUUCUUCAGCACCCGCGUGAUACGAAAAAGAACCAUGAAGAGAUUUGUCUCCAGGAAUGUCCAUGAGUUAGCGCAGCACGGUGGAGCUCCGCAAACAAGUCGACUUCCUCCCAUGACGACCAUCAGGAACUGGAUCGCUAACGCCCCCAGUGAGCGUCUGUGGAAAGUGCCGCUGAUGCUGAGGGCGGCGCGGCUCCACUCGCUGGAGAGGAAAUUGACAAACAAACUAAAGCUGAUUCAAGACCGCAGCCCAAACUGCACGUUUAUCUCCUUAACGAUUGAAGAGGACCGAGACGCCAAAAGGAUCUGUCAUUAGUAGGAAACAAUUGAU